UUUCGUUCUUGCAUAAUGGGUCUUUCUUAGUUUACUUCAAUGAAAUCUACAUUUUGUUUUAUGUAUUAUUUUGAUUUUUGGGUAAAGAUCGUUUCUUUAUGAUCUUCGUGUGAUCAUAUGAUGUGUUUGUUGUCUAGUUAUGUAAAUUGUCAUGUGGGUAUCUGUUUAUUUUAACUGGGAUUGAUUGAUCCUAUAUGUUCUUCUUGUAGCUGUUCACUUGUCUACAUUGUCUGUUCUCAGUUCUGACCUUGGAAUGACUUGUCUUUUGUAGGAUGUAUGGUUUUGGUCUAUUAACUUUAAUGUUGUUUUGCCAAGAGUGGAAAUUGUUAUGAUUUGCUUUCAUUGGUCUUUUGUUUGACUUUGUGGCCAUGAGUCAGAUCACCUAGGAUCCGUUUUCACUUGCUUCUUUUUGCACUCCAUGUGACUAAAUUUUUGUACAAUCAUAUUGAGCUAAACGUAGCUAGUGUGCAUCCGGUUCGGAUAAGUAGAGUCCGGGGAGGGUAUAAAUUAUAAUGUAAGCAGACCUUACCUCUCGGCUUCGGCUCGGACUAGCCUAACCGUUUUAGCUCAUAUAUGAAUGGUAGUUUAUAUCUUUUGGUUUUCACUUCUUCCAUCUUGUAGCAUAGGAUGUUUCUCUUCGCUAAACUGGUGACUCUGCUUUUACUUCUUGCAUUGAGUCAUGUUGUUGAACAUUGUGGGGCUGAUUAUACUGGACAAUGCAAAUCUAACGGACCUCUCAAACCCAGGCCUCACAGCGUGUCUAUAUUGGAAUUUGGGGCAGUUGGCGAUGGGAAAGCACUAAACACGGUUGCCUUCCAAAAUGCUAUCUUCUAUCUGAAGUCCUUUGCAGAUAAGGGUGGUGCCCAACUCUAUGUUCCGCCCGGUAAGUGGCUUACUGGAAGUUUCAACCUUACCAGCCACCUCACACUAUUUUUGGAAAAAGAUGCAAUUAUUCUUGGAUCGCAGGAUAUUGCUCACUGGGAGGUUGUUGACGCCUUACCAUCAUAUGGACGAGGUAUUGAACUUCCUGGUGGUAGGUAUCGAAGCUUGAUUACAGGAAAUAAUCUAGUCGAUGUUGUAAUUACAGGUGACAAUGGGACUAUAGAUGGCCAGGGUUCCGUUUGGUGGGAGCACUUCAGUUCUCAUUCUUUAAACUACAGCCGACCACACCUGGUUGAAUUUAUAAGCUCCAAGGAUGUGGUUGUUUCAAAUCUAACAUUUUUGAAUUCCCCAUCCUACAGCAUCCAUCCUGUUUAUUGCAGCAAUGUGUUGGUUCAAAAUGUAACAGCUUAUGCUCCCCCAGAAUCGCCUUACACUAGUGGAAUAGUACCAGAUUCCUCUGAGUAUGUAUGCAUUGAGAAAAGCAACAUUAGUGUGAGCUAUGAUGCUAUUGUGCUCAAGAGUGGUUGGGAUGAAUACGGGAUUGCCCUUGGGAAACCAACUUCAUAUGUCCACAUUAGGGAGGUUCGCCUUCAAUCUACUAUAGGCGCUGGCUUGGCUUUUGGCAGUGAGAUGUCUGGGGGCAUCUCCAACGUUCUGGUAGAGAACAUAGACCUGCAUGACUCAUUCAUUGGGUGUGAAGUGAAGACAUCAAUAGGUCGAGGUGGUUAUAUAGAAGACAUCUGUAUAUCCAACGCAAAUAUCAGAAAUGUUAAGAUAGCUAUUCAGGCUACAGGUCAGUGUAACUCACAUCCAGAUGACGAAUAUGAUCCUCAUGCACUUCCUAUUGUCAACGGCCUCACCUAUAAAAACAUAAUUGGCACAAAUGUCACUAUCGCAGGAAAUUUCUCUGGAAUUCCUGAAUCUCCUUUCACGUCAAUUUGUCUAUCUAAUAUUUCCUUCACCACCACUCCUUACGCGUCUGCUUCAUGGCUAUGUUCAAAUGUAUCAGGUAUCUCAGAAAACGUGUAUCCCGAACCAUGUCCCUCCCUCCAGAACUCAUAUAGGUCUUCUGCAUCAGUUUGUUCUUUCCUCUUUUACCCAAGCAGGCGUGCUGCUGAUUUAUGAUACCUAAAAUACCCAAACUCAAAUUGUUUCACAAAUCUGUACAUUAUGAAUUUGUCAUAUCAACCUUCACUCAAUUUUAGCAGUAAUCUUAAAUAAGCAGCAGCACAGAAUGCCGCGUCUCAUCCCUCCAUUCAAACAUAAGCAUUCUCGUUGUCGCUCAAAUCAUAGUGUCAUUUGGCAGCAGUUGCACUGUACAGCCUUGCUUUCAUCAAGAUGUGAGAAAAUUUUGGUAGUGUAGUAUGAUUCAUCAGAUCGAAGUUUUCAUUUCAUUUUACAUUAUUUCCCAUGUUUUUUCAUCUCCUUGUAAACUGUAAAUGUAAAUUUCUGGCGUGCAAGAUUCGUUGGUGUAUAGUACUCUGGAAUAAAUAAAUUUAUAGUUCUCAGAGGAUCAAAA